CCUCAAGGAUCAUUCUGAUCCCCUCCAAACCCUUUCUUAUUCUUUCUCUCUACUUUCUCUUCCUCGCUCUCUCUCUCUCUCUCUCUCUACUCUCCUCUCUUUCUUCCUCUUUCUUGAUCUUUUUUUAUUUAUAUAUAUAUAUAUAUAUAAAUAUAAAAAAAAAACACACACACAAUCCAUUGACGCUUCAUUCCGCUCUGUCCCAGAGUGCCAUCAAUCUCUUCUCCAUUUCGUUUAAUUUGCUUUCUCUUAUUAUUUCUGCAUGUCCAUCUGCCUAUCAACCCAUCUGUCUUUUUAUCAGUCUUUCUAUUGACAUUACAUUUGUUUACAGUCUCAAGUCCCUUAAUCCAGUCAGUCUUUCAUUCUUUUGACUUUUGCUUUUUCAUACAUAUCGACACCCUGAUAUCCUGACAUCCUUGGUACGCAGGCACACAGGCACACAGGCACACAGACAUAGCAUAGCGCACACUGUUAUAUUGCUACUAUCGUCAUUGUCACCAUGGAAUUCGUUUAUCGCGCCAUCCCACACCGUGUGCGUCGUCUUUUCUCUCCAAAGCCAAAGGAGGGCGAAGGUCCAGAAGACAGUUAUCGUCUUCGUCGAAUGGAAUCACAUGCCUCCAUGACUGCCACAAAACGAAGACGCAUCUUCCUCAACUUGACACCAGAGUCAAUUGAAAAUGAUCUCGAUGCACCACAUGUGUCUAUACCUCAUUACCCAACUAACAAGGUUACAACUUCGAAAUAUGACCUGUUUUCGUUCAUACCCAAAAACCUGUUCGAGCAGUUCCGUCGUCUCGCUAAUCUGUAUUUUUUGUUCGUGGCAGGACUCUCAAUUGCACCUAUUCUUGGAGGGUUUGCGCCUUAUUUGACUUUCCUACCUCUCAUCUUCAUCAUCUCUGUCACAGCAAUCAGAGAUGCCAUCGAGGAUUGGAAGCGCCGGAAAUCAGACGAAGCAUUCAAUAACGCACCAGUUAUUCUCCUCCGAAAUUGGACAAAUACCAACAUUCACUCUAGGAGCUCAAGUAAACUACAGGCAAUUCAAUCCACCAUCAACAAUCUGUUCAGCUUCCUCAGUAGACCCUCCAAAUCACAUCUUCCUAAUCGUGCUGCCGCUAUCAAUGCUGCAGCCUUAACACCCGUUACACCAAGCGGACGCUCCGAUCAAAAUUCUUACUUUGAUGGUCAUUCUUCACAUGGUGCGGCAACGGAUGCCCAGGACUCUGCUGGCAGACCUAUCCGACGUAUCCGUCGCAACGUUCCUCAUUCUGUACUUAAUCAUACUGAAUCAUUCUCAGCAAAACACUCAACUGGCGCCAAGUGGCAGGAUUGUAUCUGGCAGGAUGUUAGAGUCGGAGAUAUCAUAUAUCUCAAAAAUGACGAUCCUAUCCCAGCAGAUAUGGUCAUUCUCUCCACAUCCGAGCCAGAUGCCUUGUGCUUUAUUGAAACCAAAAAUUUGGAUGGAGAAACCAACUUGAAAAUUCGUCGUGGAUUGACUGCUACCAAGGGACUCAAGACACCUGCAGACAUUGAAAGAGCAGCAUUUUAUGUAGAAUCAGAAGCCCCUCAUGCCAACUUGUAUUCAUAUCAGGGAGCACUCAAAUGGUUGGUUUCUGACGGAGCAGAUAUGCCUGCAGGAGAUCGUGUUGUUCACAACAAGACUGAAUCUAUCACCAUCAACGAAAUCUUAUUGCGUGGAUGUGUCUUGCGUAACACAGAGCACGUCAUUGGAAUGGUACUCUUCACAGGGGUCGAUACCAAGAUUAUGUUGAACUCUGGAGAUACUCCUAGCAAACGCAGUCGUAUUGAAAAGGACCUUAAUUUCCAUAUCGUCAUGAACUUUAUCAUCCUAUUUGCUCUCUCUAUUGGAUCUGCCAUUGCCAAUGGUGUUAUUUUCGCAGAUACUGCUAACAACUCUGGAACACUCUUCGAAUUCGGUGCAGAUGCAUCCACGCCAUUCAUGUCGGCCUUCGUUACUUUCUGGUCUUGUUUGAUUUUGUAUCAGAAUAUUGUACCGAUUUCCUUGUACAUUAGUAUUGAAAUUGUAAAGACAGCGCAGGCGUAUUUUAUUCACAAAGACAUUGAGAUGUACGACGAGCGUGUCAAUCAGGCAUGUAUCCCGAAAACAUGGAGUAUCUCUGACGAUUUAGGCCAGAUCGAAUACAUCUUUUCAGACAAGACAGGCACGCUGACUCAAAAUGUCAUGGAGUUUCAAAAAUGUACUAUCAAUGGACUUGACUAUGGUAUUGGCGAGACAGAUGCUACACGAGGGCAAAAGAUGACCGGUGAUGGAGAGUAUGAACCUAUGGAAUUCGAAUCUGAUGAUGACUAUAUCGCUAAAUUAAACAUGGAGCGCAUCAAAAUGAAGACAGCUAUGGAUCAGCUUUUUGAAAACAAGUAUUAUUCUGACAAGACGACUUUUGUGGACUCGGAUCUGUUUACAGAUAUGGCUGAUCCGACCUCGAAACAUGCCAAGGCGAUCAUGAACUUUUGGACAGCGGUUGCAGUCUGCCAUACUGUCAUUACAGAGCGUGAUGAUGAGGAUCCUUACAAGAUUGAGUACAAGGCUCAAUCACCUGAUGAAGCUGCAUUGGUUUCAACAGCCCGGGACGUUGGUUUUGUCUUCUUGGAGAAGAAGGGACCAGUUAUGCAUCUGGAAAUCAUGGGCCAACCACGGACGUAUAAGAUUUUGAACAUCUUGGAAUUCAACUCGAACAGAAAGCGUAUGUCGAUCAUCCUUCGGCCACCAGAAGGUGGUAUCGUGCUCGUCUGUAAAGGUGCGGACAGUGUUAUUUAUGAACGUCUGGACAAGGGCGAUGAGCAAAGCAAGCUGCGUGAAGACACUUUGGUUGAUCUAGAACGGUUCGCAAAUGAAGGUCUUCGUACCCUUUGCUUGGCUUAUCGUAAAAUCAGCGAGGAAGAGUAUGCAGAAUGGGUACUGGAGUAUGAUGAGGCCUGCAACACUAUUCAUAAUCGCGAUGAAAAUAUUGAAAAUGCUUGUGAGGGCAUUGAGCAUUCGCUACUUCUCUUGGGAGGCACUGCCAUUGAGGAUCGACUUCAGGUUGGCGUCCCAGAGUGUAUCGCACUAUUGUCCCGCGCUGGAAUCAAGCUCUGGGUUUUGACAGGAGAUAAGACGGAGACGGCCAUUAACAUUGGAUUUGCAUGCAAUCUACUUCAGAGGGACAUGAUCCUGAUCAUUAUUCAAGCGCAGGAUAAGGAAGACACGCGUGAGCAGCUUAUGAAGGCACUAGACAAAUUCUGGGGACGGGAGGCGGAGAAAGAUCCGUCUUUGACCAAUAGGUCGCAUGCAUUGGUUAUUGACGGAGAGACACUCAAAUAUGGCUUGUCGCCAUCACUGAAUGGUUUACUUCUGGAUGUCGGCAAACGCUGCAAGUCUGUCAUUUGCUGUCGUGUCUCACCACUGCAGAAGGCCAAAGUCGUCAGCAUGGUGAAGCGUGGGUUGGAUGUCAUGACUCUCUCCAUCGGAGACGGCGCCAACGACGUAUCCAUGAUCCAGGAGGCCAACAUUGGGAUUGGUAUUGCGGGAGAGGAAGGUCGUCAGGCCGUGAUGGCGUCCGACUUUGCUAUCGCUCAAUUCCGGUUCCUUUCAAAAUUGCUCCUCGUUCAUGGACGUUGGUCCUAUAUCCGAAUCUCAGAGAUGAUCUUGACAUUUUUCUACAAGAACGUCGUGUGGACCUUGACCAUCUUUUGGUUCCAAUUCUUCUCUGGCUUUACAGCGCUGCUGUUGUUUGAUUAUACCUUUGUGGUACUAUAUAACCUGCUGUUCACGUCUUUGCCAAUCAUGUUCAUGGGAGCGUUCGAUCAGGAUGUAGAUGCAAAGACCUCGAUGCAGUUCCCAGCGUUAUAUCUCCGUGGAAUCAAACAGAAGCACUUUACGCGCAGCAAGUUCUGGUUGUAUGUUCUAGAUGGACUUUAUCAAUCUAUCAUUUGCUUCUUCAUCCCAUGGUAUCUCUCGAACGAUAUCUACUCAAAUGGACAUAGUACCAAUGACCUAGUCUCUAUCGGAGCAUUGAUCUCUGCCUGCUCUGUUGUCGUUGCCAACUUGUAUGUGGGUCUCAAUAUGUUUCACUGGACCAAGAUGAUUUUCGCUGUGAUCUUUGGGUCAAUCAUUGUCUUUUUCCUCUAUUGCUGGGUGUAUGCCAACUUUUUCACAGUCGAGAACACGUUCUACGGCAUGGAUCAUAUUCUACUCUCCAGCCCUACUUUCUGGCUCGCUAUCGUGUUGUCAGUUGUUUUAACUAUGUUGCCUCACUAUGGCUACAAGUUUGCUCGCCAAUAUCUGAAGCCUAACGAUAUUAUCAUUGUUCGCGAGCAGCUGUACAGAGAGAAGCACCCUUCAAAGAAGGAGCGUCGUGCCAGAAAGUUGAAGGCCAUGGCUUUGCGUGAGAGUGAAUUGAACGGAACAACCAGUAGUUUUCACGAGACAGGCGUUCCUAGCCAUGUGCUCGGGGAUGAUGAUAUGGAAGACAACGAUUUAGAUCAAAUCCCCGUCAUUCGCAACUCUCCUACAAUCAUAUCACCAGACGAUCCAAAUGAGCACCAGCCAGGCGACAUUAGGCAGCGUCAGUCUAGCCCAUCAUCCAUGCUUAGCGUGGGUAAGAUGGAUGAACCAAGUUAUUUGAAGGGAAGCGCUGUUGCAGCUGAAGGACUAGCAGUGUCUUCAACAUCGCUUACGGCUCAACCACAGCGAGAGUUGGUUGGACGGAGACGUGUUAACAACAACAACACAAAUGCCACUGUAACGGCUGACACAUCCAUAGGGCAUAGUGAUAACAAUGGUGGUGGCAGUGAUAUGCUGGAGCCAACCAAUCGCAAGUUCGCUCAAGGUUAUCCCACCAUAUCAUUCUCAUUCAACCAAGAACUUGCCUCUGCGGCUGCAGCGGGCACUGCUGCUCAUGCUAGCACAGGGAUUGGAGCAGUGGAUAGGCCACGCAACAAACGCCAGAGUACACCCUCUGUUCCUGUAGGUGGGCCUAACUUUAGAUUUAUGGGGGAAGAUUCUCCAUCCUCUGGAUCUGGAUCUGCGUCGAAUCGACCUGUCAGUCAUAAAUCUGGUCAUACUGGAUUUGCAUUUUCAACUGACGAUGCAUCAGCGUUUGUGUAUUCACACUUGAACCGGGUACACAGUGCAAGUGCAGAUGAGCGAGUGUCAGCUGCUAAAGCCAGACGAGCUUCGCGACGAUACCAAGUAGGAAGGAAUAGUAUCGAUGGAAGCGAGGUUGGAUCUGGAUCUCAUCCUAGCUCGCCUGUAAUAGCGUCAGGAUUUGGAUAUGAUUCUCACGAUAGAGUGUCUCCAGAAGUAAGGUCGCCGUUUGAUGACAGUAAUGAAGUAGAUUCAUCAUCACAGCCAACUAUUGGAGAUGCUACAGGUAUUGAUAGUGGACGGCGCGAAUCUCUAACCCGGCGACCCCGAGGACUCAGUCGAUCGAUGACUGCGCCCGAUAUUCCUGUCACUGAGCUAGGAGCCAUAUUAAAGCAACAGCAGAAGGAUAUGGAGUUGGGAAUAGAAAGACUGUCGAAGGCGGAGGCAUCUGUAAAAGCAGCAGCAAAAGCACAGCAGCGACAGAGCGUACAGAAGGUGAGAUUCCAGGGUGCACCUGAGGAUGAGGACGAAAAAGAGAAAGAGCCGAAUCCAUCAGCAGCAGGCUCUGGAUCUGGAUCUGCACGUCGAGAAUCAUCGAAAGAGAAAUAGUAAUACAAAUAAAUAAAAAUAUAAAAUGAGAUCGAU